AUGACAAUGAUCAAGGCGUCUUCGCCUGGAAAGGUUCUCAUCCUUGGCGGCUACCUCAUCGUUGAGGCGCCCAACAUUGGAAUUUCCGUCGGCACGACGGCGCGCUUUGAAACACGACUGCUGACACAGCGUGCCGCGGCCAAUGGAAAGUGUUGUGUGCGCAUUCAUUCGCCUCAGUUUGGCAAGGUGUUUGAGUUUGAGUGCGUGGUCGACAACACUCCCGAGCUCACCGUCUCUGCGGUCCAGACAGGGGGCCCUCCAUCCCCUUUCUUACGCUACAGUCUCCUGUACACCGUGGCUGCGGCGCUUGCACAUGGUGGAGAUGUUUUUAAGGAAUUGACGUUGGAGCUGCUCGCUGAUAACGACUUUUACAGUCAAAGAAACUACUUGGUGUCACAGGGAAAGGAGGUAACCGUGGCGAACUUGCGUUCGCUGCCACCACACCUGCCUCUUGUUGGUGGUGUCUCAAAGACUGGGCUGGGUUCCUCAGCUGCAAUGACGACCAGCCUGGUGGCAUGCCUCUACCGUGCCCUGACAACUCACAACAGCUGGAGUGAAAGUUAUGAAGCUAGUGACGCGGCGGAGAAGGAGCUUCUUCACCGUGUUGCUCAGGUGGCUCACUGUGUGGCACAGGGGAAAAUUGGAAGUGGGUUUGAUGUUUACACAGCGACCUACGGAACCUCUGCGUACCGCCGUUUUCCGCCACAGCUGAUCGAGAAUGUAAUGGGUGGCAAAGAACCUCCUGUGAAUGUGGUGGUGUCAGCUCUUGUGGACUGUGUUAGGUUAGAGAAGGAAUGGGUGAAGCGCGUUCCAUUCCAGCUUCCCUUUGGGCUGAAGCUUCUCUUGGGGGAUGUUCACCAAGGCGGUUCAGGCACACCAGGAAUGGUGUCCAAAGUUAUGGCAUGGCGGAACUUAGUUGCUACUGAUCCGGAUAGCCUUUGGGAACGACUCCGAGAGAAUAAUGAGAAAUACGUGGAAUCGCUGAAGAAGCUGGCUCUGCAGGCGAAUACAAAGGUAGAGGAACAUAUGGACUCUUUGAAUGUUUUAAAGCAUGUCGUGCUUGCUCAGUAUACUUUUAAAAACGAUGCUGAGCGACUUUGGAUGGAGGCAGCGGCAUAUGCUUCUACAACUCGACGCUACUUGCGUGAAAUGGGUCAGGCUGCUUCUGUGGAGAUUGAGCCGAUUGCGUUGAGCGUCUUGCUUGAUGCCACUUAUGCGCUUCCAGGUGUAUUUGCGGUGGGAUGUCCUGGAGCGGGUGGGUACGACGCCGUAUUUGCUCUGGUUUUAGGCGAAGAGGCUUGCAAAGCCGUCGAGGUGUUUUGGGAAGGCUAUGCGGCCAUGCAUGUGUGCCCCUUACUGGUACGCGAGGAUGCCGCUGGGCUCAUUUGUUCUACUGAAGAAAAUUAG